UUGGGCCAUGCAUACUUUAAACCAUGGUAUUUUGCUGCCAUAAGAUGUGAUGAUGGCUGCUAACUUUGAUAACUUCAAACAGGAGUGAGACGAAUUCACGAGGGAUAAGACUCUAGUCAUAAUUGCUGUUUCCUUUGUCCUGAAUGAGAGGCAGCAUGCCUCUGAAGACCAGUUUCUGGCAAACAACAGCAGGAGAGGACCGUUCCACUUCUUUCCUGCUUCUGGGCUUCCCAUAAGCACUCUGGGAAGUGUGAUGAGCCUUUGGUCGGAUGCAGCCGAGCUCUUAUUGUAAGUUUGGGUUGAUAUGUUUGGCUGAACACCUUGGUCAUGGACUCUCAUUCGUGAUGUGGAGUUUUUCAAGCAUUCACUAUGCUGUAAGCAGUGGCUUGAUUCUGUCCUUAGUCUGUACAUUAAUGGAGGUAGAGAUUGACUGUGUGUCCUUACGCUUUCUAAUAACGUUGGAGCUUUUUGCUUUCAAGCGUACUACCCUUAAUAACUUUACAGUAUGCUGUUAAUCCAUUUGGUCCUGCACUUUUCACGCUUGCUUUUUAAAAAAAAAAAUAUGCCUCUUCCCAGACCUGAGACCUUGGGUUACCAUAAACACCUCCUUCCACCCCCACCUGCUUAUCAGUUAGAAAGGCUUGCUUUGAAAAAGUCAAAGAACCAUUGGCCUAAACCAUUUGCUACUGAUGGGGUGGGUGAGUUAAAAACUCCCCUUGGUAAGCGAUAUACUUUUUAUACUUGGGAAUUUACUUCCUGAUAUUAACCUAAACCUAGCUGCAGUUGAGUAUCGUUCUCCUUUGCCUUUGUCUUCCGUAUUUGGAAGCUAUCCUAGGAUCCAUCAGCGUCCUCGCUUCGCAUUCAGAUAAGAGUGUUGUAAAGAUGGAUAUAGAGGACUGCAAUGGACGCUCUUACAUAUCCGGUAGUGGAGAUUCCUCUUUGGAAAAGGAGUUCACCUCCACGAUUGUGGGCCCUACUGUGAGCACACCAAACAGCCAACAUUCCUCCCCAAGCCGCUCCCUUAGUGCAAAUUCUAUCAAGGUGGAAAUGUACAGUGAUGAAGAAUCAAGCCGGCUGCUGUCGCAUGACGACCGGCUCAUUGAAAAAGAGGACAGCGUGAUUGUGGAGGAUUCUCUCUCUGAGCCACUCGGCUACUGUGACGGGACAGGGCAGGAUCCACAUUCCCCUGGCGGCAUCCGGCUACCCAAUGGCAAGCUGAAAUGUGAUAUCUGUGGGAUGGUGUGCAUUGGCCCGAACGUACUGAUGGUGCACAAGCGCAGCCACACCGGUGAGAGGCCGUUCCAUUGCAAUCAGUGCGGUGCCUCCUUCACCCAAAAGGGCAACCUCCUGCGCCACAUCAAGCUGCACUCGGGCGAGAAGCCCUUCAAAUGUCCCUUCUGUAACUAUGCCUGUCGGAGGAGAGACGCACUCACGGGGCACCUCCGAACACACUCAGUCUCCUCCCCCACCGUUGGAAAGCCCUACAAAUGUAAUUAUUGCGGCCGCAGCUACAAGCAGCAAAGCACGUUGGAAGAGCACAAGGAACGCUGCCACAACUACCUGCAGAGUCUUAACACUGAACCACAGUCGCUGGCUGGCCAGCAAGGUGACGAGAUGCGAGACUUGGAGAUGGUGCCGGACUCCAUGCUUCACUCCUCAGCCGACCGGCCAACCUUCAUUGACCGACUGGCAAACAGCAUCACCAAACGAAAACGCUCCACACCUCAGAAAUUUGUGGGUAAGGAGCUUCCCCUGGAUUCCUGGAAGUGGACUAAAGGAGAGAAGCAGAUGCGGUUUGGCCUCUCCGACAUGGCAUUUGACGUCAGCUCCGGCUUCGAGAAGGACGUGGAGAUGGUGGCGGCCCACCAUCCCAUGGACACGAGCUUUGGCGGAUCCCUGUCCUUCAUGGGAGCAGAACACUUGCGCCCUCUCAGAAUCCCGCCGACCAACUGCAUCUCCGAGAUCACCCCCGUCAUCAGUUCCGUCUACACGCAGAUUCAGCCCCUCCCAGGCAGGCUGGAAAUAGCAGGAAGCCGGGAAGCUGCGGAAGGCCACGAGGACCUUCCCGACGGGACGCAGAUUGUGUACCGGGCAUCUCGGGAGCCCAGCAUGGUGUCACCUAGCAACGGCUGCCAGGAUUCCACAGACACUGAGAGCAUCCACGAGGAGAGGGGCUCACAGCAGCCGCUGCUGUCCGUCAUUGGGAACUGCACCAGCAGCCGGCAGAGUCCGGCCUACGCCAAAGAGGACCCCAAAGUACAAGAGGGCAUCAUUCCCACCACUACUCGGUCAACUCCCAGCUCAGCCAAAGAAGCCCUGCGUGUGGUGAAUGAUGAAGGGGAACAGAUAAAAGCCUUCAAAUGCGAGCACUGCCGAAUCUUGUUCCUGGACCACGUCAUGUUCACCAUCCACAUGGGCUGCCACGGCUUCAGAGACCCUUUCGAAUGCAACAUCUGCGGCUAUCACAGCCAAGACCGGUACGAGUUCUCCUCCCACAUAGUGAGAGGGGAGCAUAAAGUCGGCUAGUCCUAAACUCUCUCCCCUCUCUCCCCACCUUCCCAAAUCUCCCUCCCCAUCUCUCGUGCCCCAUCCUCGCCGGGGAUGGAGCCGUUCAUUUCUUUUGUACUCCGUUGCACUGACUUUGGCUAAAAAAGAGAAAUGUUCUAAAAAAAUAAAAUAAAAACCCUAACUUAAAAAAAAAAAAUCCAACAAACUUGAGAUGGGGAGGAGCUCAUAACAUUUGCCUUUUCUACGCUGUGUUAUUUAAAUACUGUUUAUUGAUUUUAAAGUUCUCUUGUGCUUUUGAUUCUCUUCCACGCAUAGUUGUUAUUUAUUAAUUUCAUUUCUCUGUUUUGUUGUCAUGUAAGCCUUUUCUUUACGUCAUUUUGCCAGGGGCUUCCUCCAUUUUGAGGGAUACGACACACACCUCUGGUACACAUCAGCAAGAUAUUAGUGUCUUUCAUGUCUGUCUCUCUCCUUCCUCCUCCAUUCAAAGUUUCUUUGGGCUUCUUUUGGUGAAUUUCAGUUCAGGUAUCUCUUGUCAAGCCCACCAUGUUAGACAUUAAGAACCUCAGAUCAGGUGCUAAUAUACUCUUGUAGAACUUUCCCCUUUCAAAGGGGCUAGGAAAGCCACGAUUUGAGUUACACUUAGAUGGUGAUGUCAGGAAGAACCGCAUGUUCCCUCUUUUUUGGGUGUCUGUGAAACACAGCAUAGGAAGGUAUCCUACUAGGAACUCUGUGGUCCCGUGAACUCUAUACCUCUAUGCUUCUGCAUUAUGACAGCUUUGUGUCUCUUCUUUCGGGGCACAGAAAAGGUGGCGAAUUCUGCAUCUGGUGAAAAUGAAGGAGCUGCAGCGCCAACUAGUCUGAAGGAAGGUGGCUAGCGUUUGUGUACAAAGUUUGCCAGGGUGCUGCUUUUGCAAGCUCAGUUGAAGAUCAGCAUUAGGAAAGCAAAUGCUUCCCCCCCCCCCCAGGAUGCAAGGAAGGAACCUUAGCGUUGCCUGGUUAAAGGGCAUGUUCUGCAUCCCAGCCGUUAGGAAUCUGGGAUGCCCUCCUUCAAAAGGAUGUGCUUGGUGUCCGUGUUGUUCAGCGUGACCUUCUCUCCAGGAGGGUUGCUUGAGCUAACGUCCUCUGAGCUUCCUUCUGCCGGCUCUUAAAGAGUCUUUUUUUUUUUUUUAGUGGAAGUUUUAGAAGGUGUGAGCUUCAACCCUUAGGUGAGUGUAUGUCACUGACUUCUCUCUCCAAAAGCAUGCAACUUCCGUAGGGUGAAUAAAUAAACAUGACCCUGUUGGAUGUGAUUCCUAGGAGACACAAUCAAGGGACUUUCAGUGGAAGGCAGGAAACAAGAUAGGAAAAGCCCCUGUGGCUUUUAGUAACCUCCCUUGCAACUGCUAGAGUCGGGUGCUGAAGCCUUGUCACUUCUUGCUGUUGUUCUGGUGCCUGACUUCUGCCUCUCUCCAGUCAGUUGCUCAGGAAUUGGUUAUCACAAAGUAGCUUGGGGUUUGACUCCUUUCCCAGCAGGAAGGGCUGCCUUGUUUUUGCACAGAUCAGUAAAAAACCAUGUUCAGAAAGCAUAUGGGGUUUUUUUUGGACUCCAUUAGCAAACUCUUGACAGCAGCAGCCGUGAAGGUGGAAGUUCCUUGUCUUGUACAGCUACGUAAAAGCAUACAGUGGCAUGGACAAAAUCGUGUCGAGUAACUUCCGGUAACCUGUCUGCCCAAUAUCUACACAGUAGCCAGAGUCUCCCAUUUUCUCACAGGUACGUGAUCAGUGGUGCCAAAGAGGGCCAUUGGUGUUCUGCAAUGCAGAUCCCGCCGAAAAAACCUUGCUUUGUGUACUUUAGUGUCUUAAAGCCUUGAUCACCACGAAGGGCUGAAACCUCUAAUUCUGUAGUUUGGUUGAAGAUGCAUUUCUGUUAGUGGACUGUAGGCAGGAUUUGUUACUCCACGUCAGGCUUAUGCAGUCAUUCCUACCAGCCCAAGCAGAAAUUCUGUUUAUCCUUGCUUUUAAGAGUGUAAUCGCCAAAUGUAAAGGCUUGGGCGUUGAGGCAGCAUAACUGGGGAAGUUUGCCUUUCUGCAAGGUGUUGUCCUUCGUCUCAGCACCUUGACCUGCUAGAAGCACCUUGCCUGAGAGAAAGAGAUGGGAGGUAAGGGUAAAAUUGUAUCUCUAGUCUUAGGACACAGCAAGGGGAGAAGGCUUGUGGUUUUAGAUAAAUGCCCAUGAUGCAUAAAAAAUAACUUGCUCAACAGCAGCUCAGCAAACUGCUUCCUUGUGGGAUAAACCAAAGGCUGUUCUUUUUCUACUUAUAGAAACACCUCAAGUUGCAACGUUUUGUUCGGUUUUGCCCUUUUGUUAUUAGACUGCUUUUUUUGAGAUGUGAAAUGCUAAAUUUUCCGAGCUGUCGCCACCCCUUGCAAGGCCGGACAGAUUUGCUUAACUGGAAAGGCCUUGACAAAUGAGAUAUUCCGGGGGAUUCCUCUAGAAGAUGGGAAGGUGAGAACCUUCCUUCAAAUAGUUGCACUCCACUGUUCUGCCACACUUUCUAAAGCUCUUAACUUUUCUGGUACAAAGUCACUUUCCCCUUCUGCCUUGUCACUUGGGUUCAGCAUACGAAUUGUAUCUUACAGGUUCAGAAGGCAUUUUGAGCUGGUUCCGGCAGAUGUGUACUUUGUGGCUUCAAGCAGAGGGAAUAGAAUAUUAAAAUUAUUGUCAUUAAGAUUACUAUUGUGCAAUACGAAUGGAAGCUGCUGGGAGACUUUGCCAAAUUGCUAAAGGGACUUGAGAGUCCACUUCCUGUCUUUUCAAUGAGGAUUGUACUUUCCCCUCCCUCCCUGCUAUUCCUUAGGCCCAUGGAUAAAGGAUUUUGAUUUUUUUUAAAGCACUCAUAUCUCCUAUUGGUGUACAGUAUUCAGCACUUUUUGUGAUUGUUGAACCGAAGAAUCAGUUCAGAAGGCAUAGUUCCCCCCUCAAUAAUUCCCAAGAUUUGGAUGCUCAUUAAAUUAUAUUAUUUGAAUGAAACUGCCCAGUGGUGAUUCUGGGGAUGACACUUCCGUACUGGGAAUUGUUACGGGGUUUCUCAUGUGACUGGAAGACAUCUUAUGAUCCAGCCAUUAUACAUUGUAUUUUUGAAUGUUUUGACUUCAUACUGCUUUAAAAGUUAGGAUUUGUCCACUACAAAUCUUGCAAACAUGAAGGUUUGAGUCAGAUUAACACAAGCAGUUUGAUAAGAUAAUUGUGUUGAAUGAAUGAACUCAAGGUGUUCCAUUUGUGCCCCUGGAAAUCUGUGAGAGCAUAUCUUAAAGCUGCUUCUUAGCUAUUUUUUAAAACACACAUUUGGGUUCUCAGGAAAGGCUUAUCUAAAGACUUGUGAAAGCAGGAUGUUGGAAAUCUAAUGCACAUUUAUUACAUUUAAUAAAAAACCUCAAAGCUGAUUUCCAACUUUUAAAGACAUUUACCUGUCAUUGAGUGACUGUUUUGGCCCAUUUUGUGUAUAUGAGCAAGUAAAAAAAAGCUUCUUCCAGAAUGCGUUUUCAACAUUUUUCCCCAUGAACCGCCUAACACGCCAGUAUUUUAGAUGAUUCUUGCAUCUUGCUUAUAGGAUUCAUCCUGUGAAAGCUAAUUGUAGCCUUUUCACAUAAAUGCAUUCAGAGAAAGAUCUAAAACAUUUGUCGCGUGAACCACAAAUGUUAUAGAAUUAAAUCUCUGAGUUGAGAUGUUUGCACAUCUUCUGAUCCAGGCAGACCUGUGUGUAUAGCAGUAAUGAGAGAAGCAAACUCCUAAACUCAAUGUGUGCAUGUUUUUGUCCCUCCCUCUCCACCCCAGUAUGAAUCUAGGCCUAGAAUGGUGUUUGCAGGAAUCAUUUCCAUUUAUAGGAAGAUUCUCUCUUGUAGGAUCUGACAGAGAGCACUUUCCUCUAGGUACAUGAGGCUGUCUGGACCUCUGGUUGGGGCACACAUGCAGGGUUGAAGGCUUCUCUCCCAGUGUGAUUUGCAACACUAUAUUUAAUUGGCAAGCACUAUUAUUCCAUCGAUCAAGGCGAAACAAAAGUUGGUAUUUACAAAGUCCUUGAACCAUUGAAAGAGAUCACUUAUUCCCCAGACAUAGGCAAAAUCUUAUGUGUGGUGUUUGUUUGUUUGUUUAUGUGGCCAGCCUUUUAAGCAGAAGUGGAAAUAAAGCAGAGAGCAAAAUUUGUGUCUCCUUUCCCCCACUUAGUAGAUCAGCUGCAUAGUUCAUGCUAGGCACUUAAAUAAAUCUCAAUCUGUAAAAUAGAGCUUGGGGGAGACACACCCCAAAGCAGCUGUUACACAACCGGGGGCCUUUCCACAUGUUUUUGGGGCCUACAACUCCCCAUCAACCACAGCCAUCUUGGGCUGAAGGCGAGUUACAGUACGAAGGAUCUGAAACACCACCUUAGGGAAAGUUGCUAAGAAUAUGGAGUUUUUUUCCUAAAAUAAUCUAUUCUUCCAGUUCUAGAAGUGAUCCUCAAUGCUCUCAUCUUUUCCAUGUGAGAUUAGAGUUCUUUCCAGCUCCCCUAAACCAAAUUCUGGGAAGAGGCAUCUUUCUUUUUUUUCCAAUGCAGAGACUAAUAUUGCUGUGAAAACUGUAAAACAUAAUCCGACUAGCUAUGCUUGUCAACUUGAUACAUUUGUCAAGAAGUGGGGGCAUGUAUUGACUUCUUGACAUAUAACAUUGGGAAGGAAAUAUGUUAGUGCAGUCUUUCUUGUUAGAUAUUUUUACAGGUUGUUGUUUUUUCCAGAUACAAGUGUGAUUCUUUGACAAGAACAACAACAAAAAAUUAAUAGGAAAAUCGGCUUUCACAGUUGGGUACUGACUUCUUGAAAGCCAAAGAUGGCCCUUGGGUGCUUGGCAUCAAUUAAUGCCACACUGGUAAAUUGAAGCACCUAAAGGGUCAUUUGUUACUGUUGAUUUCUAUUUGUAAAAAGUAAAGAUAAUCCCUUUGUGCCUCCAUACAAAGCCCACGUUCAGACUUUUUCUUCCUGUUUUUAGUGGGAAUAGAACCGCUCUCUGCAGGAACUCUUUGGUUUUCUUUUGGUUUUCUUUUUUUAAAAAAAUCAGAAAUAUUGGGUAGUUCUUGAGCUAAAUGAAGACCUCCAGCUCAUCACUGUUGAACUAUAUUUACUGCACUGUGGAAUGGUACGAAUCUCUCUUAAACCUGCUUCUGUGAUGAAUCAGGAGCAAGAAUCCUGUUUCAGACUUCACAACUUACCUCCUGCUUCUCCCCUUUUGUGAAAAUGGAAACAGGUUUGUUUUUAGAGAAACAAAGCUCUAAAAUUUCUAAGAAAACCAGUGUUCUGUUUUAUUUUUGCUUUCACCUGUAUGAAGAGCCUAAAAAACAAAUCUUGGAAAUUUUGUAAAACUCCAGGUCUCUAACUUGUGUAAAUAUUAUAUAUUUUUAAACCAGAUGUAUGAAGAACAAAAAGAUGUGCAAUAUCCCCAACCCGCUACAAUAUUCUUCUCUUCUUUCUAACAAGCUUUCAUUUGUAUAUUGUUAUUGGAUUUGCUGGUGUCGCACUCUUCCCCCCCCCCCUUUUUUUUUUGGUGGGGUUAAACUCACUUUUAAAUAAAAGAAAAAACUCUUACUGCAAAAGCUUUUUUGUAUCUGUAAUAUAUUGUAAGUACAUAUUUGUGUAAUGGAGAUUAUACUACUGUUAAGUUUUGUACUGUACUGGCUGAAGGUCUGUUAUAAAUAAACAUGAGUAAUUUAA